CAGAGCUGCUAUACUGUGCGCCACACCUCUCCUGUUUCUGACUCUCUACAGGCGACCGAAUGUGAAUUUUGACAUCACCGGUGAUAUUAUAGUCUACCUGCCGUUCUGUAGCUACUCAGCUAUGAAAAAGUUCGAACGACAUCCCAAGAAACGUCGACAUGAGAUGAGAAAGAUUGCUGCACAGACUGCCAAAGCUUCUGCUGUCCUACAUGACUCUGAUGAGUUUGACGAGUUCACGAGACUUUCGUAUUUCGAAACAGCAAUGAAAUCGUGGGAGUUUUUGUUUCACAAUCAGGAUUUGGUUGAUAUCAUCCUCGUUGUUGGCAACAAUAAAGUUAAAUUUGAAGCUCACAGACUGGUUCUGGCCGCCCAUAGUGAUGUCAUGAAGAACAUGCUCUAUGGUCAGAUGAAAGAAAGUCUGCAGGAUACAAUCGAGCUUCCUGCAGUUGACGAAACAGCGUUCAGAGCACUUCUCGAGUAUGUCUACACAGGAAAACUUCCAGUCGACAAGUCUUUCAUAUGUCAACUCAUAGAGCUCUGUGAUUUCCUUAGUAUUCUAGAUCUCAAGCAACACUGUUGCACGUGGCUGUGCAAAAAUAUCGAAACCGAGAACGUAUGUCAAUAUCUCAUGUUCUCAACCAGACUGUCAGCUGAUGAACAGCUUUAUAAGUACUGUUUUGAAUGGAUCGAAGAUCACGCCGCUGCAGUCCUCUGCACAGAUGGUUUCGCAGAGCACGUGACAGCAGAAGAGCUACAAAAGAUAGCCGCUAGUGACAACCUGAAUCUCGAUGAAAUCCAGCUGUUUGAAGGAAUCAAGCGAUGGAUUGAGUAUGACCCCUCAAGACACAAUGAUGGUAAACAAACAGCAAAAUUUCUUCGCUUACCAAUGAUCAACGCAAGUGAAUUGUUGAGCUGUGUGAGACUCAGAGGGAGCAACUUCGUCCGAUCAGACGCUAUCCUUAAUGCUCUAGCGUCACAGCAAUACUCUCUGGACAAUCCCUAUGACAUUGACUCACCUCAUCUCACUUUACGUUUGCCAUCUACACGCCUAGUCAACGGAGUUUCUUCGUUCCAGUGGAAAACGGCUCUAGACGUACCUUCUGAUGGCCCUGUAAGCUUCAAAAACUGCAACCAUGCUGUGGUUCAAAGUUCAGCAAAACUAAUCACAGCUGUACCUAUGCCGAUUCCAUGUUGCGUACGAGUUCUGCUUGUGACCAAAUCAACAGUCAAUCGUCAAGCUAAAAUUGAAAUUGUAAUAAUACCCCCCAAUAGUCGGGAGAGAGGGGGUUAUAGUGGAAACAUCUGGGCACCAACCUACCAGGUAAAAAUAGACGAGGAUAAUCUCGACACGUCUUCAAAAAUGAAGUCUGGUUCAAUUAGAGUCGGAUGUAUUGCUGGACUGAAGUUUCACAUCACUUCAACGCACGUUUGCUUACAACUCAAUGGCGUUGUACAAUCACGAGUUGGCCUGUCAGAUCUAACUUCUACAUAUGUUCCAAGCCAUAUUACUAGCGGACUGUGUGAAAAAUGUGACCUUCGCCGCGUGUUCGUUACAGCUGAAUUAAGCAAACUUCAGGAACCAGGAAACAUCACAGUUAAAGAAGACGCUGCUAACUGUUGUGAUCAAUCGUAGAUAUAUAGAGCACGCUGCUAUAAACUGUUGACCAAUCAAGACCUAAUGUUUAGUAAGUGUUUGUAUAGACCGGCUGUUUCAAAGUUUCAUGUUCUACACAUUUUAUAGGCAUGUCCUAGUUAUAUAAAUGAUGCAAG